AGCACUUUUACAGAGCUAAUAUAUUAGCCGUUAGCUGGCUAACGUUAGCAGGUAACUAACGGCUCCGGUUUGUGAUGUCGGGCUUGUUCGGAGGACUUUUCGGCUGCUUUUUUUCUGGCUACUGUAUGUCUCCUCUCAUACUGCCACACAGAUUCUUCACAUAUCUGUUGGGAAAGAGGGAUUCUUGACACCAUCGUGACUUAUAUGCCUGCCAAGAAGCUCAGGCUUUUGGACAGACAUGCAGUACUGACACACCUACAGACAGAGAGACCUGACGGACAGAGUCCAGCUGGCUAGUCAUGGCAGCAGCAAGCGGAACAGAUGUGCAAGGGACUUUGAUCUAGAGCGCCUGUAGCUAUUUUGGAGUCUGGACGCCCCGCUGUACUGGAUUCAUCUCUCUGCAGCUCUCCGUACUGCAGGUGUUGUUUAGGAGGCGGCCAGUUUGACUGAUUAUUGGCCCUUCCCUGCUCUGCGCACCCCUCAACGCCUCACCCCACACCUGGCCGGUACUCCAGCCCCCGUUCAGGACAUCUCUGCAUCAAGGCUGGCAAUGUCCAGAGCCCCAAGCCCCCCUCCCCCGGUGGAAAUGUCCAGCGGCCCCGCGGCUGAGAGCUGGUGUUAUACUCAGAUCAAAGUGGUGAAGUUCUCCUACAUGUGGACCAUCAACAACUUCAGCUUCUGUCGCGAGGAGAUGGGAGAGGUCAUCAAAAGCUCCACAUUCUCCUCCGGAGCCAACGACAAACUCAAAUGGUGUUUGCGUGUGAACCCUAAAGGUCUGGAUGAGGAGAGUAAAGACUAUCUGUCACUUUACUUGCUGUUAGUCAGCUGCCCAAAAAGCGAGGUGCGCGCCAAGUUUAAGUUUUCUAUCCUCAAUGCCAAAGGAGAGGAGACCAAAGCCAUGGAGAGCCAGAGAGCGUAUCGGUUUGUCCAGGGGAAGGACUGGGGUUUCAAAAAGUUCAUAAGGAGGGACUUCCUGCUGGACGAGGCCAACGGUCUGCUGCCUGACGACAAACUAACACUUUUUUGUGAGGUGAGCGUGGUGCAGGACUCUGUGAACAUCUCGGGCCAGAACACGACUAACAUGGUGAGGGUUCCUGACUGCCGGCUGGCCGAGGAGCUCGGUGAUCUGUGGGAAAACUCUCGAUUCACUGACUGCUCCCUGUGUGUCGUCGGCCAGAAGUUCCAGGCGCACAAAGCCAUCCUGGCAGCUCGCUCGCCGGUGUUCGGUGCCAUGUUUGAGCAUGAGAUGGAAGAGAGUAAGAAGAACCGUGUGGAGAUAAAUGACGUGGAGCCAGAUGUCUUCAAAGAGAUGAUGUGCUUCAUCUACACAGGCAAGGCCCCCAACCUGGACAAGAUGGCUGAUGACCUGCUGGCUGCAGCUGACAAGUAUGCUCUGGAGAGGCUGAAGGUGAUGUGCGAGGACGCUCUGUGCACGAAUCUGAGUGUGGAGAACGCCGCAGAGAUCCUCGUCCUCGCCGACUGCCACAGCGCCGACCAGCUCAAGACGCAGGCUGUGGACUUCAUCAACUAUCACGCAGCCGAUGUGAUGGAGACAUCGAGCUGGAAGUCCAUGGUGGUCUCUCACCCACACCUGGUGGCAGAGGCGUAUCACUCCCUGGCCUCGGCUCAGUGCCCCUUCCUGGGUCCCCCGAGGAAACGUCUCAAACAGUCCUAGUGCUCCGGACAGCCUCACCUGUCCUAACCCUGCGGUGUCCUCUUGUACCGGCACUGCUCCUCCCUCCCGGCCCUCCUCUCUCUCCUCCAGGAUUUGGCUAUAUGUGGCUAUAAGGAGCUACUCAGCAGAGCAGACCACAGAAUUACAGGACUAAAGCCACGAAGGAGGUACUACACAUCUCUGUUGGUGGUGGGGGUGAAUUCUAUCACAUCUAAACCUGGAUAUUUAUGGAUUGCAAACUCAAAGCCUGGCAUAUACCAUAUAUCCUUUGUCUACAAUAUUGGAAAGCUAGGACUAUAAUCUGCGAGUCGAUCACGUCAGGGACUGAUCUUCCGGCUCGGAGGGAAAAGUCAAUUCUGAGCCUGUAAAUACAAUAUUGUGCCGUAUUGUCUUAUGCAGUGUCUCAAGGGAUAAAGCCCAAACUGUGCUUAUAAAGUGAAGAGGAUCAAACAACCAGAAAAUGAAAGACUGUCGCUCCCAUUGAUGAUCACUCUCGGUUUGAAUGGACAAAUCUGAACACGUUUUAAUGUUCAUUAUUCAGCCUGUGCCUUGAGCCGGGCAGACACUGUGUGCACCUUUAGAAUCGGCCUGAUUUUUAUGCAGUCUGAGGGGGUCACCGGUUGGAUUUCUGGUAGAAAUUUUUGUUCAACUGUCUUGCAGUUUGAGCGGUCUGAUUUCCCACACGGCUAGUAUCUGUUAUAAACUGAACUCAGCUUGUUUUUUAAUACGAUCAGAGAAGUGACAUGUUGUGACGGAGCUGUGAUAUGAAACACAAAACAUAUUGUCUGCAGCUCCGUAGCUUUCCUUUCUCUUCUUACCUUCUCAUCACACUUCUUUUCCUAGUAUGGUUCUACGAAGUACUUAUCCACAGUUGGUGUGUAACACACCCUCAGUUUGCAGAUGCAGGCAAGAGAACAAUGAACAAUGUACUGUGGAGGACAGGGGCAGCAGCUGAACAUAUUUACCGCCUCAAAAAGUCAAUAUCAGUUUAAGAGUAUGCUCAGUUGUUUGUUUCCAGCGUUAGACAGACCUGUUUUUGUUUACAUCAGGGGAACUGUAGCUGUUUUAAUCUCUUCAAAGCCACCAGACUCCUUUCACCAAAGCAGCAAUUUUACCUCACAGAACACAGGUUGUUUCUCUGUUGCUGCCUUGAUCAUUUAGUUUGUUUGUGU